CGUGUAAACGCAGCCUGAGACACAAACUGCAUCAGAAGACACAGACUGCUGUGGUCAGGUCUUUCCUUCAAACAAAGAUGAAGAUUCAACAUCUUUGUGAUGUCAUUGCUGUGACAUGACAUAGUGGCUGCAGGUUUUUUAACUUGUGCCGUCGAUAAGAUAAGAAGUUCCUCCUCCCCACUCCACCUCCCAGUAACAGCGACCACGCAGAGCAUCUCUACAAAGCAGCUGAUGAUAUUUGUGAAACCUGUCGGGAUGUUCUGGAUAGUUCUGGUCUUGGCUUCCUUGUCCCACUGUCCUGUCGUUGUUAGACAGUAGGAGGCGUUGGUGAGCAGUGUCUGGGUCCAGUGUGAGCUGACAGACAUCUGAUGGAGAGAAGACACAUGCUGAGGCUUGUCAAGGAAGUGACCUCCUCUUCAAGUUCAAGAUGAAUAACAAGUGAGAUGACUCUGCUAGUUUGGUCAAAUGUUUCAUGAACAGAGUUUCAAAACACGUUUGACUGAGUUAACUCCUUCUCUCCUGAGUGUGAGGGCUCCACAGCACUUGACUAGUGUCCAUCUGGACAUGGUGUAAAGUUCUCAUCUUGCCAAUGACAUCAGACUUACACUUGAGCAGACCAGGUCUUAACCUCUUCUGUCCACCGUGGUUCACCCUGGGGGAAGAAACACACAACCAAGUGUCAGUGGGACACACAGACAGGCCAUUUGUCUCCUCCAUGCUUCCACUGGUCUCCAGCAAGAGAACAUGCCAUGGAGCCAUGGAAACAACCCUGUUCAGAUGAUUAAUCAGAGAGGCUACUUGAUCAAACUGUCCAUACCUGAGAAUCUCCAGCCUCCAAUCUGGUCUCUCCACUCCAGCAGUCAGCUGCUUCAGUCCUGGUCCUCCUGGAUGAUUGUAGCUGAGGUCCAGCUCUCUCAGAUGGGAGGGGUUGGAUCUCAGAGCUGAGGCCAGAGAAGCACAGCCUUCCUCUGAGAUCAGACACAUCCUUGGUUGCUGAUAGGCCCACACUGUGUCUCCUAGAAACUUCUGUUACUCCUUUUACUGUAUCCCAAUGUUUCUAGGGUGUCUAACACUUUUUGGCUUUUGAAUGCUUUUCCAUUAUACAUUCUUAAACUUUGUGCUUUUAUGUUACUAAAAAAUCUGGCUAAAUUUUGUGCAGUAGUUUUUCCUGUAAGGUUUUUGGCAGGAAAUAUAGUACCCUCCUGCAUUAUCUACUAUUACCAUAAAAUAUUUAUUCUUUCCCUUCCCUUUUUCUGGCAUUUCUGCAUAAUCAGCAGAAAAAGUGUUUAAGUUUCUCAUCUGUCUUUAUGAAUCUUUUAUCAUAUGAUUCUGGUUUACUUCCUCUUUUUAGUGCAAACAUUUCAGUGUUCCUUUAUCUCCUUGACUAUUUCUGCCAAUGGUUUAGGUUGUUUAAUUUGUAGCUCAAGUAAUUUUCUUUUUAUCCUUUCUACUCCUAUAUGUCCGAACUCUUCAUGUAUAUGCUUUAUAAAGUUUUGUUCUUCAUUUUUAGUUCAGUUGACCUUUACUGUGCUCAUCAGUGUUUCCUGUGUGAGCUGCGAUGUGUGUUACUUUAAGCUCAAGGCUGACAUUAUUCUCCAUAAUUCUACAUGCUUUAAUUCCUUUCCUUUAUGAUCCUGGAAAUCUCUUAACUCCCCUAUCUAGAUCUUCUUCUAAGCCUCUGUGGACAUAUGCUGAAUCUGUGAUCACAUGUGACUUAGGCAACUUUCUCCUUUUAGAUUCUGCUAAGCCUUGUUUAACAGCUGUUUGUGCUGAGCCUUGGACGCUUCCUCUAUUUUGACACUAUGUUGAGAUGCCCUCCACUGGGCAAAUUCCGUUCCUUCUGCUAUGUGUACUUGCUUGGCGUGAUUUUUCUGUGUUGAUACUGCACGAUCUGUAGUCAAUAUAAGUGGUCCUGGUGUUGGUCCCUGAUUUGGUCCCACUACUAUGUGACUUCCAGUGUGAGCUUCUUCAUGAUCAGAUUCUACCUUAGUUUCUUCUAAUUGUGUUAAAUUGGGAUAUAACCUAGUUCCCUAUACUCCAUCUGGUCCAAGGUUAGGGGGUGGAAACCCUCCUUCAACAUUGGCACUAUUUAAACACUUGUGUUGUGAUCUACUCUCACUCUGUAUGGACUUUUUAUCUGUUAAUAAUACUCCUUUACCUCAUCUAAUUUGCUCUUCUAUACUCGACCCAUAUAUUUCUGUGACCACUAUUCCUGGCUCUUCAUUUUCAUUUUUAAACUCCUCCUGGAUUAUUUCAGCUGAUGGGUCAUCCAUUACUAUAAACCCUGGUUACCUAAUGUAACUGCAGUUCUAUGAAUAUGUGCGGAGCCCCCCAACGGCCUUCGCUAUUGGUCAAUCCGCAUGGAAUCACUGGCCUCGGGGACUGCAAUACAGCGACCUCUGGUGGUCGCAUGAACAUGCGUUCACUCCAGCAACCAAAAAUAAAAGAGGAAAAUAACACGAGCGGCCAUAUUUAAAUGAAACACCUGCUUUACUAGUAAAGACAGCUUAAGCACACACCAAUUAUUUAAACUUCUAAUACCAUCCACUACACUGCCCCGACAUGACUGUGAGUGAUCCAAACCAUAUUUUGGGCCAUUUUGAUUCAGAGCGGCAACUUCGCCCCACUCACCUCUGGCAGGCUGUAAUGGCGCAGUCGUUACAUCAUCACGCACCUUAAAGGUACGUGCGUCGACAUCCCAAUGGUCCUACGUCCAUUAUGUUUAAACAAAGCAGGAGAAAUAUUUUUCACACUUGUGGUUGACCAGCAACACACCAGCACUGCUGGAGUUGAGGUGGAGGAUAACGCUGGUUACAGGACAACAAUGUGCAAUCAUUAACACAGUCAUAAGCUGUAAAUGAUGACCAGUGAGCAUAAAAAAUAUUAAGAGCAGAAUGACAGUGACCCACCUGUUGACCGUCGAGUCCUUCCACUGAACCUGCCACUGAAACAUGGACCUGGAGCGAGGGCGAGAGGAAGUCGCUUGGUGGCUGGGCGUCACAGUGGAGCAGCUGAGAACCAUGCAGCUGGAUGAGCGUCACAGAUCUUGUGUGACCAGCGAUGGAGCGAUGAGGAUCGUUCUGGUGGGAAAGACUGGGAAUGGGAAAAGUUCAACUGGCAACGUUAUUCUAGGGGGAAACCACUUUGAAACAAAGUUCAGUGCCCAAUCUCUCACCAUCAACUGCUCCAAGGCAGAAGCCAUUGUGGAUGGACAGAAGGUGGCCGUCAUCGACACCCCGGGUCUCUUCGACACCAGGUCAGACUCUGGCCAGACCAGCAUAGAUAUUAGCCGGUGCGUAUCACUGUCCUCUCCCGGGUCACUCCCAGGUCACUCAGCUGCUUCUGAAGAUCCACAGAAUUGUGGAAAAGAAUGGAGGAAGCCACUAUACUAAUGGAAUGUUCCAAGAAGCAGAGAGAAACUUGGAGAAGGAAAAACAACGGGUGCUUGCAGAGAAGGCUGUGAAGGAUCGCAGAGAAAAGCAGAGGAUUGAGGAAGAAAUGCGAGCAAAGUUUAACCAGGAGGAGUUGGAGAGAAUGAUGGCUGAGGACCG